AUGGCCCCCGGCCGCUUCGAGGACGAGGAGCUCACCAUCUCUCUCUCGUCAUCCCACGUGCGUCGACAGCUCCAGCAGCCACCCGAACCACAGCAGCAGCACAGCAAACAGCAUGGCGACGAGUCGGCGGCAUCGCCUCGACCCCCCACCGCAGCCAUGAGCACACCCCGCAAGGAGAAAGCAAAGACGGAGCAGCGCAUCGGCGCGUACAAGAUCGUGCGCACCCUGGGCGAAGGGUCCUUUGGCAAGGUCAAGCUGGCCAUCCACAAUGGCACCGGUCAGCAGGUCGCCCUCAAGAUCAUUGCGCGCAAGAAGCUCAUCAGCCGCGACAUGGCUGGCCGGGUGGAGCGCGAGAUUGAGUAUCUGCAGCUGCUGCGGCACCCCCACAUCAUCAAGCUCUACACGGUGAUCAAGACGCCCGCCGAGAUCAUCAUGGUCCUCGAGUACGCGGGCGGGGAGCUGUUUGACUACAUUGUCGCCCACGGCCGGAUGAAGGAGCCCGAGGCACGACGCUUCUUCCAGCAGAUGCUGUGUGCCGUCGAGUACUGCCACCGCCACAAGAUUGUGCAUCGCGACCUCAAGCCCGAGAACCUGCUGCUGGAUGAGAAUCAGGACAUCAAGAUUGCCGACUUUGGGCUGAGCAACAUUAUGACGGACGGCAACUUUCUCAAGACCAGCUGCGGCAGCCCGAACUAUGCGGCCCCCGAGGUCAUUGGAGGCAAGCUCUACGCGGGACCCGAGGUCGACGUGUGGAGCUGCGGCGUCAUCUUGUACGUCUUGCUCGUAGGCCGCCUGCCGUUCGACGACGAGCACAUCCCAAGUCUGUUCGCCAAGAUUGCGAGAGGGACAUAUAGCAUUCCGCAGUGGAUGCCGGCAGGGGCGGCCAACCUGAUCAAGAAAAUGCUGGUCGUCAACCCGGUGCAGCGGGCCACCAUUGAGGAGAUUCGCGACGACCCGUGGUUCCUCACAGACCUGCCCGUCUACCUGCAGAGGCCGGCCGAGGAGUUCUUCAACACCGGGGUGGACCCCAACAAGGCCAUUGCCAAGAGCGACAUUGCGCCCAAUGCGCCCGAACGUGUGCAGGAGAAGCUCCACGAGGAGAUCACGGACAAGAUCAGCAAGACGAUGGGGUACGGAAAGGUCGAUGUCGAGGAGGCCUUGCGAGCCGAAGAGCCAUCGGCCAUCAAGGACGCCUACAUGAUUGUGCGUGAGAACAAGCUCAUGCAGGUGAAUCAGCACCCAGAGAUCUUGCAAGCCGAGAUUGAAGGUGGAAGCCCCAUGAUGAGCCAGUCGUCACGGUCUGGCAUCUCCGGCAGCGGCAUCGGCGCAAGGCCCUACGUCAGCAAGGUCGGCAUCUUGCCGAGCAGCAUCCCCACGUACCACAAAGACUACAUGGAGAGGAAGAACGCGGGCGAGGACACAGUGGCACCGCCGGCGGCCGCGGGCAUCGAGGAGCCGCCGUCGAACCGCACAGACGCCGAGAAACAGGACAUGGCCCGCCGUCUCAAGCCCCACUCGCGGAGCCAGCUACGCAUAGACGAAGCGGCCAAGCGGCCGCAGGGCAUGACGCCCAUCAACCCGACCAAGAAGCCGAAGCCUGUGCGCUGGCAGUUUGGCAUCCGGUCGCGUAACGCGCCGUGGGAAGCCCUGCUGACUAUCCACAAGGCGCUGCGGAAGCUGGGCGCGACCUAUAUCCCCGAUGAGGACUACGACCCCCGGCAGGGCAAGGACAGCGAGCCACCCAGUGGCGAGGGCAGCUUCGCGGACGACUAUGCCAGCGCCGGCGAGUCGGGGAAGGGGUCGAGUCUCAGUGUCGAUCCGGCCAAGAGGUACAAGCUACCAGCCGACCCGUGGCGUAUUCGGGUGCGCUGGGAGGUGAAAGUGGGCAGUGACGGCGCAGACAAGGACACUGUGCCCAAGGAUCCCUGCGUGCACGAGCAGUCGGCCGAGGGUGUCGUCAAGCGCGGCUUUGUCGCGAUGCAUCUCGACAUUCAGAUCUACGAGAUGGAGCAGGGCGUGUACCUGGUGGAUUUCAAGUGUUCUGGAUACGAGACGGCGCAAGGGAAGCUCCUCGAGGAGAAGGAGGUCACCAGUCCGUAUCCAUUCCUGGACAUGGCCGCGCGGCUGAUAAUGCAGCUCGCGGAGGCGGACUGA